UUGUGAUAGAUCUGAAGACUGGGACAAAGGAUGAUGGUAACAUUGCCUUCCACUUUAGCGCAUGCAUGUCCCAUGUAUGCUGCGACACCUUCAGGAACAGAGCAUGGGAGAAGCAGUACAAUACUGCCUGGAGUCCAUUUGCCAAAGGAGCAGCCUUUGAUAUGUUCAUGGUUAUUAAACAAGAAGGCUAUGAGGUAAUUGUGAAUGGCCAGGUGUUCUGUAUGUUCAACCACCGUAUGCCACUGGAGAGUGUGUCUAGACUUACAAUCUGGGGAGAUGUCUUCAUGAACACCUUUGGCAUCGUUGAGCACUGGAGUACAUCUACCUUUAGUAAGGAACCAACAUCAGGAAUCUCACGUGGGAAAUUUUCUAACAUCCAGUCAGAAGUGACUUCUCCAGUUUGCAACCCUAGUAAAAACUAUACAGGACCAAUUCCUGGAGGGUUGAAACCGGGACAGGCUUUGUUCUUCCAAGGUGUUGUUCCUGGAGAUUGUGACAGGUUUGUGAUAGAUCUGAAGACUGGGACAAAGGAUGAUGGUAACAUUGCCUUCCACUUUAGCGCAUGCAUGUCCCAUGUAUGCUGCGACACCUUCAGGAACAGAGCAUGGGAGAAGCAGUACAAUACUGCCUGGAGUCCAUUUGCCAAAGGAGCAGCCUUUGAUAUGUUCAUGGUUAUUAAACAAGAAGGCUAUGAGGUAAUUGUGAAUGGCCAGAUGUUCUGUAUGUUCAACCACCGUAUGCCACUGGAGAGUGUGUCUAGACUUACAAUCUGGGGAGAUGUCUUCAUGAACACAUUUGGCAUCAUUGAGGUGGAUGUUGUUAAUCUGAAGGUCACCAUUCCUGCCCAUGUUUGCGGGCACUGAUCAUUCCCAAUGCUGUAAAUCAGAUAAUUAU